AUGGAUAAUCCUGAACCGAGAGCCCCUAGGAGAAGGGCCGAACCAGGUCAGGCUGGUGCCAGAAGGAGAGCACCAGGAGAUCCUAGAUUGGACCAGAUCCUGCAGGCUUUAGAGACUUUAAUAGGGCAAAGGCGGGCUCGGAAUCCGCCGCCGCCGCCGCCGCCGUCGGCGCACUUCGCACUUCGCACUCGCACCCGCACUCCGCACCUGCGCCUUUGUGCCCCCGUAGAUGUUCCGUUAGCUGGCAAUGGAAAUGGGAACCAGCCCAUGCACAAGUUGGUGGAGCAAUUUCUGAAACUCAAGCCGCCCAAGUUCACUGGCGCGGGUGAUCCUGAGGCUGCAACCCUCUGGAUUAGGGAGUUGGAUAAGGUUUUUGCCUUAUUGAGAUGUACAGAUGAAGACAAGGUGACACUGGCAGUCUACCAAUUGCAAGGUAACGCCAGUACUUGGUGGGAAGCUACCCAGAGGAGGGCAUUUCCCGAAGGUACGGCUCGGACCCAGUACGAGGCAAGGUUUGCUGAGCUGUCCCAAUAUGCCCCGAGGUUGAUUGAAGACCCAGUUGACAAGGCAAGGAGGUUUAGGGAUGGGCUGAAACCUGAGAUUAAGGAUCAACUGGUGCCCCUGAAUCUGAAGGACUAUAAUGAGCUGUAUGAAAGAGCGCAAUUAAUUGAGAGAAACUUGGCUGAGAGGACAGCCGCGUCUGGAUCGCGGUUUGUGCCAAACAAGGAUAAUCAUCGGUUUGGGAAGAGACCAAUGACAGGAAGUAAGUUCCACGUCCCUCCUAAUAAGAAAGGUGGCGUGAGGAAACCGGUGUACAACAAUAAUGGCCCCUGUCGAUUCUGUGGAAGACACCAUGGAUCAGCCCCUUGCCCUAUGAGGGCGGGAGUUUGUUUUGGAUGUGGCCAGCACGGCCACCACGUGAGAGACUGUCCACGCCAGGCAGCGGGAGCGCAAAGACCAAUGCAGCAGGUAGGACAACCUGCAAGUAGUGCCCCGCCGAACCAGUGGAACCGACCCCAAGUGCAAGGCAGGGUCUAUGCUGUCACAAGGAAGGAGGCGGAGGACUCGCCUGCCGUCAUUACAGGUACGGUUUCAUUACACGACCAUGCUGCCUAUGCUUUGUUUGAUCCUGGAGCUACGCAUUCAUUUGUGGCUAAGCAAUUUGUGGAAUUAGUGGGGUUAAGUCCGAAACCGCUGGGAGUGGUUUAUAAUAUUUCUACCCCUUUAAAGGAUAGUAUAGUGUCUGCAGUAGGCUGUACUGGUUGUAGAUUAUCUGUUGGUGGUCGUGAGGACAGCAUAGAUUUGAUUGUUUUGACGAUGUUCGACUUUGACGUGAUUAUUGGAAUGGAUUGGCUCACCAAGCAACGAGCCACGGUAAACUGCUAUCGUAAGACGAUACAGUUUGAGCCAGUAGGGAGUGUCGGUUUUGAGUUUGUCGGGAAUCGAGGAGGACCUUCGAUCCCUUUAAUCUCGUCACUCGAGGCGACUCAGUUAUUGGAUGAGGGUUGCCAAGGCUAUUUGGCGACUGUAAUUGACACUUUGGUAGAGGAACCUGGUAUGCAAGAUAUUGCUGUGGUGCGAGAAUUUUCGGACGUUUUCCCUGAGGAAUUGCCUGGGUUGCCCCCAGAAAGGGAAAUCGAAUUUGUGAUUGAGUUGGCCCCUGGAACGGAACCGAUUUCUAAGGCACCUUAUAGAAUGGCAUUAUCGGAAUUGAAGGAGUUAAAGGUUCAGAUGCAGGAAUUGUUGGACAAAGGAUUUAUUCGUCCUAGUGCAUCACCUUGGGGAGCGCCAGUUCUAUUUGUAAGGAAGAAGGACGGGUCGUUGCGCCUUUGUAUCGACUAUCGGCAACUCAAUCAGGUGACGAUUAAGAAUAAGUAUCCGUUGCCUAGGAUAGAUGAUUUGUUUGACCAACUUCAAGGAGCUUCGGUAUUCUCGAAGAUAGACCUGAGGACAGGUUACCACCAGUUGAGAAUUCGAAAGGAAGAUAUACCGAAGACGGCAUUUAGAACGCGCUAUGGACAUUAUGAGUUUACCGUGAUGCCGUUUGGUCUGACAAAUGCGCCUGCAGCUUUUAUGGACUUGAUGAACAGGGUGUUCAAGGAGUAUUUGGAUAAGUUCGUGAUCGUGUUCAUUGAUGACAUUUUGGUGUAUUCGAAGAGUUCAGAGGAACACCAACAGCAUUUGAGGAUAGUGCUGCAGACUCUUCGAGAUCAUAAAUUGUAUGCCAAGCUUAGUAAGUGCGAGUUUUGGUUAACUCGAGUGGCUUUCCUUGGACACGUGAUUUCUGGGGAAGGAAUUUCAGUAGACCCAGCUAAGAUUGAGGCGGUUAUGAAUUGGCCUAGACCAACGACGGUAACUGAAGUUCGGAGUUUCUUGGGAUUGGCCGGCUAUUACAGGAGGUUCGUGGAAAAGUUUUCUGCUAUAGCCAUGCCCUUGACGCGAUUACUGAAAAAGGACAUGAAGUUCGAAUGGACGGAUAAGUGUGAGCGUAGUUUUCAAGAGCUUAAGCAGAAGCUAACUACUGCACCUGUUCUAACCUUACCGUCUGGUUCUGGGGGAUAUGAGAUUUACAGCGACGCGUCAUACAAAGGAUUGGGAUGUGUGAAGGCUCAACACUGUAGACCUGGUGGACUAUUGCAACCGCUGGAAAUACCAGAAUGGAAAUGGGAGCAUAUCACGAUGGACUUCGUGAUGGGUCUACCGAGGAGUCAAAGAGGUAUCACCGAUGCGAGGGAUAUCGCGCUUUGGCAAGAAAGGCAAGCUGAGCCCAAGAUAUGUAGGACCGUUCGAAAUCUUGGAGCGAAUUGGAGCGUUGGCAUAUCGUCUAGCAUUGCCACCAAGGUUGGCUCAAGUACAUGA